AGAACUUGUAAACAUAUGUUAACUCAUUUAGUCCUUAUAGCCAUUUAUAAGGUAGGUAAUGUUAUCCCUAUCUAAAUGAGGAAACUGAGAUACACAGAGGCUAAGUAAAUUGCCUACGAUCACACAGCUAGUGCCAGGGGUCAGGAUGCUCUCAGGAUGUGAAUCCAUCUGGGCUAUCUAGCUCCAGGAUUAUGCUCUAACCCUGCCCAUAGCUGCCUCAUGUUGGGGUCAGGGUUCAUGAACAGUCUGGGCUGGCCUAAGUUAAAAGUCAGGAAGUAAAAAAAGAUUAAACCCUGAGUUUUCUUCCCAUCUGACUGAGAGCCUUUCAACACCUGCAAGAAAGGUAGGCAUCACUGUAACCCUGUUCUCAGGAAGGCAGCAGGUCCAAAGAGGUAUUGGGGUUCAUCAAAGGCCCAUAGUCAGCAAGCAGCAGAGGGCUCUGGCACCUCAAUGCCUAGCCUUGCACACUGCCUGUAAAGCAGACAUGGGGAGAAGGUAUGUGAAACCCACUUGGCCCUGGCCUGGAAGAAUGGCAAGGAAGCUGAAAUAAAAGAUGGGAACAGGGGGAGUGUGCUGUCAAGUGUGCCCUUCACAGUUCCAGGAUGAUGGUUCCAUGCUCGGAGGAUAUUUGCUAUAUGCCAGGCCAUACUCUGCGCAUUUUUACAUUUGCAACAACACCAGAUUUUUCAGGCAAGGCACAGAUAGAUUACUUUCCAAGGUCACUGAAAAGUAGACCUCUAACUCCACUGCUGAAACCCAGAGAGGGAUGGAGACCACUCAGGGUCCCACAGCCACAGCCCGAGCUAGGAGCUGCUGGCAUCCUGCCAGCCCAGGAAAGCAAUGACACCUGACUCCUGGCUAAUUGGGGGUGGAGCAGAGGUGGAGCCAGGAGACCCAAGUGGCCUCUCAGAACCAGAUCACAGACACUGAGUGCAGCAGCAUGAAACAGAGCUGGGGACUGAGGCUGCUCAUCCUGGGAGUAGUGGUCCUCAUACAGGGUCUUCAAGCAGCUCAGCAUGCUUGUGGGCAGCGUGGCCCUGGCCCCCCUGACCCUCAGGAGGGCAACACAGUACCUGGCGAGUGGCCCUGGCAGGCCAGUGUGAGGAAGCAAGGGGUCCACAUCUGCAGUGGCUCCUUGGUGGCAGACAUCUGGGUCCUCACUGCUGCCCACUGCUUUGAAAAGGUGGCAGCAACAGAACUGAACUCCUGGUCAGUUGUCCUUGGUUCUCUGCAGCGUGAGGGCCUGGCCCCAGGGGCUGAGAUGGUAGGAGUGACUGCCUUGCAGCUGCCCAGGGCCUAUACUCACUACAGCCAAGGCUCAGAUCUGGCCCUGCUACGGCUUGCUCGCCCCACAGUCCACACACCCCUCUGCCUACCCCAAACUGUUCAUCGCUUUCCCUUUGGAACCUCUUGCUGGGCCACUGGCUGGGAUCAGGACACCACUGACGCUCCCAGGACCCUACGAAAUCUACGUCUACGCCUAAUCAGCCGACCCACGUGUAACUGUCUCUACAACCGCCUGCACCAACGGCUGUUAGCCAGCCCAGCCCGGCCUGGGAUGCUCUGUGGGGGUGCCCAGCCUGGGGUGCAGGGGCCUUGUCAGGGAGAUUCUGGGGGCCCUGUGCUGUGCCAAGAACCGGAUGGACACUGGGUUCAGGCUGGCAUCAUCAGCUUUGCAUCAAGCUGUGCCCAGGAGGACACUCCUGUGCUGCUGACUGACUUGGCUGCUCAUAGCUCCUGGCUGCAGGCUCGAGCUCAUGGGGCAGCCUUCCCUGCCCAGAACCCAGAGACCCCAGAGAUAAGUGAUGAGGACAGCUGUGUAGCCUGUGGGUCCUUGAAGAAAGUAGGUCCUCAAGCAGGAGCCCCUUCCCCGUGGCCCUGGGAUGCUAGGCUGAAGCACCAAGGGAAGCUGGCCUGUGGUGGAGCCCUAGUGUCAGAGGAGGUGGUGCUUACUGCUGCCCAUUGCUUCAUCGGGCGCCAGACCCCAGAGGAAUGGAGUGUAGGGCUGGGGACCAGACCAGAGGAGUGGGGCCUAAAGCAACUCAUCCUACAUGGUGCCUAUACCCACCCAGAGGGGGGCUAUGAUGUGGCCCUCCUGCUAUUGGCCCAGCCUGUGACACUGGGCCCCAAUCUCCGGCCCCUCUGCUUGCCUUAUGCUGACCACCACCUGCUUGAUGGGGAACGUGGCUGGAUCCUAGGGCUGGCCCGUCAAGGAGCAGGAAUCAGCUCCCCCCAGACAGUACCUGUGACCCUCCUGGGACCUAGGGCCUGUAGCUGGCUACAUGCAGCUUCUGGGGGUGACGGUAGUUCCAUUCUGCCAGGGAUGGUGUGUACCAGUGUGGUAGGCGAGCGACCCCAAUGUGAGGGCCUAUCCGGGGCACCACUGGUGAAUGAGGUGAGAGGCACAUGGUUCCUGGCUGGGCUACAUAGCUUUGGAGAUGCCUGUCAAGGCCCUGCAAGGCCUGCGGUCUUCACAGCACUCCCAGCCUAUGAAGACUGGAUCAGCAGUUUGGACUGGCAGGUCUACUUCACUGAGGAGCCAGAGCCUGAAGCUGAGACUGGAAGCUGUCUGGCUAACAUGAGUAUGUGGCCCUGGCACCUCCCUGCCAAACCCUUCCUCUCUAGGCCCCUUCUCUUAUCUAGGGAAAUCGCUGUUCUGGCCCACUUCUAGCUGUCCUGCAAGGGGUGGGGCAGUAGAUAGACCCAUGUAAUUCAAAUCCUGGUGACUCGGAGCAUCUCACCCCUUUGAGCCUCAGUACUUUCUCUCAUCUGUCAUGGGGGCAAAGACAGAUCCUGCUCCUUCAAGGAAGUGUGAGCAAAGUUGAAGGUAAGGCCAACCCCACAUCCCUUCUCUUUCUCUGACAGGCCAACCAGCCAGCUGCUGACAGACACAUCCAGACAAUCCCUGCCUCAUUGGCCCCAUCCCUCCUCAUUUCCAUGUGUGGCUCCAGGACAGGGGCAGGCCCCAAAGCCCAGGUGGUUAUGGGAAGAAACCUGCCCAGGACCAGCCAAUGCCCCCAUUCCCCACCCUGCAGGACAGGGAUGUCACCUGUGAUGCUCUCAUACCAACCCUGCUCUUCAACAGGUGUCCCCAGCUUUCUCUACCCUUCCUCCACUCAGAUACAAUCACUCCAGGCACAUGUUUCAAAAAUUUUUUUUCGGGGGGGGAGGAGCAAUUUUCCUUUUUUUAAACUUAAAUAAAUUGUUACAAAAUAGACUUUAAAAAAUAAGUUACAAAUCGUAGCAAAAGUCUCCCCUUCCACAGGCAACAUUCCCACCCACGGCACUCUGAAUCUGCCUCUCCCCGGUGUUGGAAUCUGGCUGGUAAGGGUGGCUCAGCAUCUUGGCAGAGGCUGGCACCAGGAAAAGCACGGUGACAAAGGCUAGGGGA